UCAGAGGCCAGCUGCUCCGUGACACACGCGGGGUCUCUCUCUCCCCUGUCUCUCUCUCUCCUGUCUCUCUCGUGUCUCUCUCUCUCGUGUCUCUCUCUCCUGUCUCUCCCCUGUGUCUCUCUCUCUCGUGUGUCUCUCUCCCCUGUCUCUCUCGUGUCUCUCUCGCCUGUCUCUCCCCUGUGUCUCUCUCUCUCUCGUGUGUCUCUCUCCCCUGUCUCUCUCGUGUCUCUCUCGUGUGUCUCUCUCCGCUGUCUCUCCCUCUCCCCUGUCGAUCUCGUGUCUCUCUCCCCUGUGUCUCUCUCUCCCCUGUGUCUCUCUCGUGUCUCUCUCCCCUGUCUCUCUCGUGUCACUAUCCCCUGUCUCUCUCCCCUGUGUCUCUCUCUCCCCUGUGUCUCUCUCGUGUCUCUCUCCCCUGUGUCUCUCUCUCCCCUGUCUCUCUCUCCCCUGUCUCUCUCGUGUCUCUCUCUCGUGUCUCUCUCUCGUGUCUCUCUCCCCUGUGUCUCUCUCUCCCCUGUCUCUCUCUCGUGUCUCUCUCUCUCUCCUGCGACAUUCUCUCACAAACUAUCUCGUUGUGAACAUCCGCUUCGUUGAAUUUGUUGUAAAUAUACCCACUUUGAGUGUUUGUUGUAUCGAGUCGACCGAUUCCCGACUUCAGCAGCAUCAGCAUCCUCACCCCGAAAACUGCGUGGGUCUUCAUUCAACGAUUUGCACGGUUGAUUACGUACGGUUCACCUUCCACACGUGCCGCCAUCUCUGCUGGGAGGAUGAUGGCGAUGGACACUGUGCACACGCUGGCCUCUGAGGGCGGCAGGAGCAAGUUGAACACCUUGGUGGGGCUGUCUGAUGAAGAUAUAGUCAAAGUGUGGGACGGAGUGUCGACCUUCAUUGAGAGACACAUGGCUCAGCACAAGGGCGUUCACGUCCCCGAGCUGGGCACGUUCACGUUCGCGCUGCACAGGCUGCCGAUGAGCGGCGGGCGGAGCGUGGCGGUGCGCCGCCCGGUCCUGCGCGUCUCGGAGAAGCUCAUUCAGACGCACGGCCUGACGCACUGCAAGCCGCACGUCAGCGGGGAGGUCCCCGUGGUGCAGCUGAACUGGACGGCGCUGGCGCUGGAAUGCGGCGUGUCGCGCGCCCAGGCCGAGGGCGCCGUCCACUGCCUGCUGCGGACGCUGGAGCGGGCGCUGGCGGGCGGGCGCAGCGUGGAGCUGGGCCUGGGCGCCGUGGGGCUCCUCUCCGUCAGGGACUCGCACGUCAAGAUGCGCUUCCACCGACGCUUCGUGCUGCUCGCCACGGCGGCAGCGCCGGGUGGUGGCGGCGGCGCGGGCGAGGACGCGCUGCGCGCGAUGAUCGACCGACCGGGCACCGCCGACUCGGUGCUGCCGGAGGGCCCCUUACACCGGCCGGGCACGAGCAACACCCUGUGUCUGCCACGCGUGGCCGCCCCGGUUCUCGAGGCCAGGUCAGAGCUCCCCCCCAUUGCGGAGGCGGGGGUCAUGGGAGACGGAGACGGAGGAGACGGUCGCGGGGACAACGCGGAGCCGGGAGACGACGGACACGGAGCCUGGAGCGAGGGACACGGAGCUCAGAGCGAAGGGGCAGACGCCGAAGAGAAUGCCAACAAGAGGAUCGUUAUAAGGCAGCCCGCGCCGUUGGCCAGAGCGGGCAACUUCAGCUGGACACCGGAGGCCUGCGGCAGGCCUGCGCUGGCGCUGACGGCCACUCUGGCCUCACCGCCCCGGACCCCGCAGAGGCCGCUCGGUGGCGCGGCAUCGCCGGGCCCGAGAGCCGCGGCGACGCCACCCGGGACGCCACCGGUGGCCCCGGCAGGUCCUCGCCGAGACGCCCGGCCGCUGGCGGCAGAGAUGCCGAGCGAGGUGGCGAUGUCACCGAGAUCGCCGCACCCGCCCUCGCCGCACCGCGUACGCUCGCCGCUACAGGCGCCCGCCGGCAGGCCCGGCUGGCUCGGCCCGCGGACGCGGUCGCUGCGGCUCAGCUCAGCGGCGGCGGAGACGGGCACCCACGGGAGAUGUUCCUGGUGUCCCGGGCCCGCGCCGGCCACACCGCCGGGCUGCACGGCCCACGGGCAUGCCGGGCAGGAGCUGUGCUACCUGUGCAUGCAGCGCUCGCUGCGGAACGUGCCUGUGUAUGUGGCGGAGGAGCGGCGGCUGCAGGAGGAGGCCGAGGAGAGGGCGCUGCUGGAGUACCGGCACGGCCAGGAUCUGCAGGCCUUCACCAAGGAGCAGGAAUUGAUGGAGCUGGCCCGGGAUAACAGCAGGAAGGUGGCAGCCUUCAACCUUGGUGUGUCCGAGGCCGUCAAGGCCUCCAAGCAUGGGGAGAGCAAUGGCUUUCAGUGUUCCUUCAUCCUGGGCGACCGGGCCGCCACGCCGCCGUCAGCCGCUCGCUCGCGGGAGUACGCGCACCACCUGGAGCGGCAGCGGAGCGAGCGGGUGGAGCGCGAGGGCCGGCACAGGGAGCAGCAGCGCAUCCUCGAGCAGCUGCAGAGAGUCCAGCUGGCUCGGGAACUGGCUCUGGAGAGGGAGCAGAUGCUGCAGAGCAAGGCGGAGGAGGCGCAGGCCUACCAGCAGGCCCUGGCGACUCAGGUGCAGUCCAAGGCACUGGCGGCGUCGGCGUCGCAGGAGAGGGGCGCGGCGGAGUCGGCGCCGGUGUUUGGCGGUGACGACUCGACGGCGCGGGCGCUGGAGGAGCGGCGUGAGCGAGCGCGGGAGCUGCGGUGCGAGCUCGCUGGGGAGGCGGCGCGCAAGAGGCGCUCCGCCGUCGUCUCGCAGCUCGCCGAGCAGCGCCGACAGAUGGAGCUCCUGGAGUGCAACCAGCAGGAGCUGGCGCGAGAGCACGUGACGCGGCACGCGCAGACGGUGGGCCGGAGGGUGGCCCUGCAGGAGGCGUGGGCCCUCAGUGCCGAGCUCAAGCGCGGCCGCAACCUCCAGCUGGAGAUGCACCUCAAGGCUGGCGCGGGCCUCGUGCAGGAGCAGUGUGACAAGUACAAGCGCUGCCAGCAGUGCACCCGGCGGCUCUCCAACCGUGGGGAGAGUCACGUGUGGAAGGACUCGCGGUACCUGCCGGGAACUCGCAUGAUCCUCUAGUCCAUGGUCACUCGUCACCUUCUCCUCCUCCUUCCCCUUUCUUCUUCGUCCUUCGUCUUCGUCCUUCUUCCACUUCUUCCUUCUUUCUCUUCUUCCUUCUUUCUUUUCCUUUCCUUCUUUCUCUUCUUCCUUCUUUCUUUUCAUUUCCUUCUUUCUCUUCUUCCUUCUUUCUUUUCCUUUCCUUCUUAUUCUUCCUCCUCCUUCCUAUUGUUCCCUCCUCCUUCGAAGCCGAGAGUCCUAUUGUCACGUGGGGUCGGCUGCUCCACGAGCUUUAUACUCUGGGCGUCUUUGCCAGUCGCAUCCACCGUCCUCCUCUACGUAGAGACCGGAACCAACCUCACUCGAGAUCCAAACACGGUCGCAUCUCCUUCUGGAUUUGACAUUCCUCCUCCUCGAAGACAUCAGUGGUGGAGCCAUCAACCACAUCAGAAGAUCAUCACCAGGCAGAUAAACGCACAUCUCCACAAAUGGGAUACUUAAAGACACAACCCACAGUAUUCUUUGGUUCUUUCGGUAAAGUCACGUAGUUAGAAAAAAAUAAAAAAAAAUUAAGUGCAUACAAAUUAAAAUAAUAAAAUUAAAAUAAUAAAAACAAAAAAAACACUAAUGUAGACUGUAGCCUGGUUCUUAAUCGGAGUGAGUGUACUGGCAGUCUAUAAUGUAGACUGUAGCCUGGUUUUUAACCUCGGUGAGUCUACCAACAGUCUAUAAUGUAGACUGUAGCCUGGUUUUAACCUCGGUGAGUGUACUGGCAGUCUAUAAUGUGGACUGUAGCCUGGUUAUUAAGCUGGUGAGCGUAUUGUCAGUAUGUAAUGUAGACUGAUGACGACCGACCGCUUGUGUUGCGAUAGAAACGUCGUGGCUUUUUAAAUUUAUUUAAAAAAAUAUUACUGAAAGAACCAAUAAUAAGUCUACAUUAUAGACUGCAGUACGCUCACUCAGGUUAAGAACCAGGCUACAAUCUACAUUAUAGACUACAGUACGCUCACUCAGGUUAAGAACCAGGCUACAAUCUACAUUAUAGACUGCAGUACGCUCACUCAGGUUAAGAACCAGGCUACAAUCUACAUUAUAGACUGCAGUACGCUCACUCAGGUUAAGAACCAGGCUACAAUCUACAUUAUAGACUGCAGUACGCUCACUCAGGUUAAGAACCAGGCUACAAUCUACAUUAUAGACUACCAGUACGCUCAUUCAAUUUAAUGACCAUUCGCUUUAUUUUUUAUGAUUAUUUUUCUACCUACGUGACUUUACUGAAAGAACCAAGGAAUAUGAAUUCCUGCAGUCACGAACGUUUCAAGUCAAAAUACAACCCACAGUAGUUACAUAGUGGCCAUGCAACUCAAACUACGGAGCAUAUGGUAAUCCGCUGUAGGCUUGUGACCCUUUAACGGAAGAGUAGCACAACUACACGAACUCUCUCCUGAAGUCGUCUCUCGUCGUGGCCAGCAGACCUCGACAUUGGCAUCUCGCUCAUAAAAAGAAUGUAAUAUGACAUUUAGACUUAUAGACUCGCAUCCAAUUACAUGAAUCGUAAAUCUCAUAAGGGGGUCUAUAGAAUUAGAAAACUAACAACCUACAGACUCGCAUGAUCCACAGACUCACGUAGAGAUAACAGGAGAUCAUAUUCUGUGGUUCUUUCGGGAAAGUCACGUAGAUAGGUUCCAAUAAAAUAACAAAAUAACAAAAAACGACGUUUCGAUCGCAACACAAGCGGUCGUCAUCUUGUGUUGCGAUCGAAACGUAGUUUUUUGUUAUUUUCUUUGAACCUAUCUACGUGACUUUACCGAAAGACCCAAAGGAUAUGAAUUCCUGCAGUCACAAAAGCUUUAAGUCAAGAGAUAACAGGAGACUCGCAUAGACUGCACGAUUCACAGACUGACAUAUAAAUCCAAAGACUGACACAGACUGACAUGAUUCGUAGACUUACGCACACACUCGCAGAUACACAAACCUACAUGAUUCAUAGGACUCGCUAAAUCCCCGUUGUCUACAUCUCUUCUGCGAUAGCAUUGUAUCUAUACUCGUUGGCCUGUCGCCUGCAGCGUGUUUCAUUCUGUGCUUCUAUUGCAUUCAACCACCAGGGAAGUUCAAAAUCUGCAGGCCCUGCCCCUUCCAUGCUAGGCCCCGUCCUUUCCUUGUUAGGCCCCGUCCUUUCCUCUUUAGGCCCCGUCUCUUCCUCUUUAGGCCCCACCCUGUUUGUGUUUAGGCCCCCGCCCCUUCCCCCUGGGUUGGUUUGGGUCGUAUUGGGGUGAGUGUGAGCAGCAGUCAGGAUAGUUGGUGGGCAGGGGUCAGGAUGGGUAGGGGUGGGUGGGGUCAGAAGGGGCGUGGUUAGUAGGGGUGGGUGAGGUCAAGAGGGGUGGGUGAGGUCAAUAGGUGCAGGGAUGGAUGAAGUCAUUAGGGCUAGGAGUGGGUGAGGCCAGUAGGGCUAGGGGUGGGUGGGGUCAGUAGGGGUGGGUGAAGUCAGGAGGGGUGAGGUCAGGAGGGGUGGAUUCAGUAGGGGUAGUGGUGGUUUGGGUCCCAAGGAUUGGUGCAAUUUCACCACCACGAUGACCAUAACCUCUCUGUGUGCAGCAAUAUGAUAAUAGAUGUCUACAAACAUUGCAUCAUCUUUCUGGGAGUUUAUAGAUUAAAAGAUACCCCCCCCCCCCCAAUUAUAAUAUCUGCUUUAGGCUGCUCCAAUGGGCCAGCACUGCGCGAUUCAUGGACCCAGCAACCUGUGUUAAAUUGCUGACCGAGGCUAAAAUCGGUGGCGAUUGAAAUCUGAACCGGUCCUGUUUGGGCGCCAUCUCCUUCACCACCCUGCACUGCCCAACGUGGUGAAGUAUGGUCAAACAACCCCCACGACCGACGUGGCAUGGAAAGGCCUCAUGCCAGCAGUGCAAUUGGCAAGUUGUUUAUGGAUUUAAAAGGCGGCCUGUCGUUGCGAAGCAUCGUUCGUCACAAACGUAACAGAUUUGGGGACGGCCGCCGGGGUGCCUAGAACCAGGACCCUCUGCAAUAAAGCGUAACAACGCACCCCCAAGGGCCUGGUCAGUCUUGAGACUCGGCCAGGGCGGUAGCCCGGAUAACGAUGAUUCGAUUGCGUUGGCUCUCGGCCCGAUGGCAGAAGUUGCGGAUAUAGCCUUCGAGAGCGUGAACAUAUUAUCGUGUUAAAAAAAAACAUUUCUCCUGUGACCUUAAAGACGGGUAAGAUUAUAUAUUUUUUGUGGUUUAUGUAAUAUUUCAAUCAACUGCAUAUUGCACUGCUUAGUCUAUUAAAAUAAAGUUGUAUGAUCCUUAAUACAAUGUGAUCCAUUUACAGACACCCCACUGAUUUCUGAUGACCCUCUUGUCAACACCGAUUGGAUGUUGUGGCUGUAAUGGCUCCGCAUCUCACGGAGGAGAGCAUCGAGGUUGGUUGGGAGACGUGCAGGGGGUUUGAAAGGGGAGUGUUAUUUUAUUUAUGAAAUUUAACUACAGAUAGUCUCCGAGUUACGAUGGUCCGACUUACGAUAUUUCGAUCAUUCGAUGGCGAUAGCGAUACGCCAAAAUAGUAAAAUAUUUUAAAUUUCGCGCAGGAGGCAAACGCAGCAGCGUACGAGGUACGAUACUGUACGUUGGGACGCUGCCGGGAUGUACUGUACGCAUCUCCCGCCUUGCGAGGUGAUGCCUCAAUCUCACCAGCGGUCGACGGAUUUAAAUUGUCUCGGUGUUAGCGCGUGUACUGUACCUUUUUUUGUUACUUUACAUUUUACUGUGCAAUACAGUAUUGUAAUUAAUAAAUACAUACAGUAUAUAGUUUAUACAGUAUGGUACUGUAAAUUGCUCUGUUUUGCUAAAUUAUCACCAUUCUUUAAGACUCCUGGGUAGGCUAGGCCAUCUUCGACUUACGAUAUUAUUGACUUAUGAUGGGGUCGUCGUAACGCAUCUUCAUCGUAAGUAGAGGACUACCUGUACCUGUAUAUUCAACCAUCUGCUGAGCAGAAAGAGGGUAAUUAGUUAUCAGUGGGGUGGAGAUGGUUGGGUGACUCAGAGGUCACGAGGUCAGAGCACUGAGCCGGCAUAACUGAGUUUCUGGGUUCGAAUCCACGCGGCCUUCUCAGAUUAAAUCGGCUCUUCAAGUGUAGAGUUGAGGUCUCAGCCCAACGACUGGCACAAAAACACCCGUCGCAUUAAGUUUGAAUCUGAUACUAAAUUCGCUCUCCGAAAAUGAAGAACAUAGUUUUUUUUACUCUUCACGUGACGGACCUCACCCUCGUAUACGCAGAGCGCAUUGGGAAAGCGAUGCUCUCCGUUGUGUGUGGAUCAGAGAUCGCUUGAGGCGGGCUCUGUGAUGUCCGCUUCCGUGGACCGUUCCCCAACUUUAAAGCGUCGCACCGCUCGGAGAGAGAUCCGAACCGAUUCAGCGUCCGGUGAAGCGCCUCCUGUGGAGUGGCCGGGAUCCAAAAUGUUACAACAACCAAAACAAAUCAAGUGACUCAAUGAGGUGUCGAAUACAUGGAUAUGGCCCUGUAUAGUUAUGUCACGUGCUUGCUGCAGGAUGAAUGGGAAUUUUGGACAGGUCGCCAUUGAAAAAAAGCUUCUGAACCCAAUUGAGCCUUAACCCAAAAUAAACUGAACUGACACGAUUAGGUUAUUUACAAAGAGCACUUAAGUUCUAUUUAGGGACUUUAUACAAGACGGACGGGGGGUGCGGCGGUAAGGACGAAGUUCAGUGCAAUGUUUACGCUUGGAUUCACUCUUGGAUUCACUCUUGGAUUCACUCUUGGAUUCACUCUUGGGUUCACGCUUGGGUGUGCAGUGGAGCGCGGUGCGAGAUGAGCACGAUGUUUGCGUGCCAUCGCGAUGCGCGCACGCAUUUGGCACGGCAGAUAAUAAAUUUGAUUACGCGUGCAU